UUUCAAUAAAACCAACAAAAACAAUAAUAACAACAACAACAACAACAACAACAACACCAAAUCAAAUACGCUUAAAGUUAACUAUAAACUAACAUCAACAACUAAAACUUGUGACUAGAACUCAAAUUUCAAUUAAAAAUAAAAAGCGAUAGGAAAAUAACUGGAAAUUAGUUCAACUUUGUAACAAAAGAACACAAUGUGACCUACAAAAACUGAAGAAAACAUAGUUAUAUAUUUGUAUAAAUUAUCGUAAAUACGUUGUCAAACACUCAGUUAGCUCAAUGUGUUGCCCCAUUUAACAUGUGUCAGUGUUGCCAAACCGAAAUAGUAACCAUAACCAAGAAAACACCAAAUACGCCAAUACGACAGCCAAACGUAGGUUCAAUAGCACCGAUAAACCAAUAAAACAAUAAACCGAUACACCGAUAAGCCGAUAAACCGAUUUACCGCUAAGCCACAAACAAUAUACCAAACAUACCGUUAGGCAUACACAUAUAGAUGUGCAUAUAUGUUUUGCUAUAGCUAUAGCCACAAACACAAACAUAGUAUUUAACAACAGCUGUAUAUAUCAUGACCAAGAAAUACGAAUUCGAUUGGAUCAUUCCGGUGCCACCGGAACUGACAACUGGCUGCGUCUUCGACCGCUGGUUUGAGAACGAGAAGGAGACCAAGGAGAAUGACUUUGAGCGCGAUGCUCUCUUUAAAGUCGAUGAGUAUGGAUUCUUCCUGUAUUGGAAGAGUGAGGGACGGGAUGGCGAUGUCAUCGAGCUGUGUCAAGUGAGCGACAUUCGUGCAGGUGGCACUCCAAAGGAUCCGAAGAUAUUGGAUAAGGUAACCAAAAAGAAUGGCACUAACAUACCGGAACUAGAUAAACGUUCGCUGACCAUAUGCUCGAACACGGACUAUAUCAAUAUAACAUAUCAUCAUGUUAUUUGCCCCGAUGCGGCAACAGCUAAGAGCUGGCAAAAGAACUUGCGCCUUAUAACGCAUAACAAUCGCGCCACCAACGUGUGUCCACGCACCAAUCUCAUGAAACAUUGGAUGCGUCUCAGUUAUUGUGUGGAAAAGAGCGGCAAAAUACCGGUCAAGACAUUGGCAAAAACAUUCGCAUCUGGUAAAACUGAGAAGCUCGUCUACACCUGCAUCAAAGAUGCAGGUUUGCCGGAUGAUAAGAGUGCUACCAUGACUAAGGAACAGUUUACAUUCGAUAAGUUUUAUGCGCUCUACCAUAAGGUCUGUCCUCGCAACGAUAUCGAGGAGUUAUUCACAUCGAUCACCAAGGGUAAACAGGACUUUAUCAGUCUGGAUCAGUUCAUACAGUUCAUGAACGAAAAGCAACGUGAUCCGCGCAUGAACGAGAUCCUCUUUCCGCUGUAUGAGGAGAGGCGCUGCACGGAGAUCAUCAACGACUAUGAGCUGGACGAGGAGAAGAAGAAGAGCGUACAACUCUCACUGGACGGCUUCAAGCGCUACCUAAUGUCCGAUGAGAAUGCGCCCGUAUUUUUGGAUCGGCUUGAUUUCUAUAUGGAAAUGGAUCAACCGCUGGCCCAUUACUAUAUCAAUAGUUCGCAUAAUACGUAUUUGUCGGGUCGCCAGAUUGGCGGCAAGAGCUCCGUCGAGAUGUACCGCCAGACGCUGCUCGCCGGAUGUCGUUGCGUUGAGCUGGACUGCUGGAAUGGCAAGGGCGAAGAUGAGGAGCCCAUUGUUACCCAUGGACACGCUUACUGUACGGAAAUCUUAUUUAAGGAUUGCAUUCAGGCCAUUGCGGAUUGCGCCUUUGUCUCGUCGGAGUAUCCGGUGAUUCUCUCCUUUGAGAAUCAUUGCAAUCGCGCCCAGCAAUACAAAUUAGCUAAAUACUGUGAUGACUUCUUUGGUGAUCUACUGCUAAAGGAGCCGCUGUCCGAUCAUCCGCUGGAUCCGGGUCUACCGUUGCCGCCGCCGUGCAAGCUAAAGCGCAAGAUUCUCAUCAAAAACAAACGCAUGAAACCCGAAGUGGAGAAAGUCGAGCUGGAGCUGUGGCUCAAGGGUGAACUGAAGACCGACGACGAUCCCGAGGAGGAUGCCAGCGCUGGCAAGCCCCCAGAGGCAGCCGCUGCCCCAGCACCAGCACCGGAGGCAGCUGCCGCUGAUGCGGCCGCCGAGGGCGCCGGCGGUGCCGAAGCGGAGGCAGCUGCGGCUAAUUACAGCGGAUCCACCACAAAUGUGCAUCCAUGGCUAUCCUCAAUGGUCAAUUAUGCCCAGCCCAUCAAAUUCCAGGGUUUCGACAAGGCAAUUGAGAAGAACAUUGCCCACAAUAUGUCAUCGUUUGCCGAAUCGGCUGGCAUGAACUAUCUGAAGCAGAGCUCCAUCGAUUUUGUCAAUUACAACAAGCGCCAAAUGUCGCGCAUCUAUCCGAAGGGCACCCGUGCCGAUUCAUCCAAUUAUAUGCCGCAGGUGUUUUGGAAUGCCGGCUGCCAGAUGGUCUCAUUGAAUUUUCAGACAUCCGAUCUGCCCAUGCAGCUGAAUCAGGGCAAAUUCGAGUACAAUGGCGGCUGUGGCUAUCUGCUAAAGCCAGACUUUAUGCGUCGCGCUGACAAGGAUUUCGAUCCGUUUGCAGAUGCGCCCGUCGAUGGUGUAAUUGCGGCCCAGUGCUCGGUCAAGGUAAUCGCCGGUCAGUUCUUGUCCGAUAAGAAGGUGGGCACCUACGUCGAGGUGGACAUGUUUGGCCUGCCAUCGGACACGGUCAAGAAAGAAUUCCGCACCCGUUUGGUGCCUAACAAUGGCCUCAAUCCGGUCUACAACGAGGAUCCCUUUGUGUUCCGCAAGGUUGUGCUACCGGAUCUGGCGGUGCUUCGUUUUGGCGUCUAUGAGGAAAGCGGCAAAAUGAUUGGACAGCGCAUCCUGCCGCUGGACGGCCUUCAGCCGGGCUAUCGCCAUGUCUCCCUACGCACGGAGGCCAAUUUUCCGAUGUCGUUGCCCAUGUUGUUUGUGAACAUCGAAUUGAAAAUUUAUGUACCUGAUGGCUUUGAGGAUUUCAUGGCCAUGCUGUCGGAUCCGCGCGGUUUUGCCGGCGCUGCCAAACAGCAGAACGAACAAAUGAAGGCCCUGGGCAUUGAGGAGCAAAGCGGCGGUGCCGCUCGCGAUGCCGGCAAGGCCAAAGAGGAGGAGAAAAAGGAGCCGCCGCUUGUCUUUGAGCCGGUCACACUCGAAUCGCUGCGCCAGGAGAAGGGCUUUCAGAAGGUUGGCAAGAAGCAGAUCAAGGAGCUAGAUACGCUGCGCAAGAAGCAUGCCAAGGAGCGCACCUCCGUGCAGAAGACCCAAAAUGCGGCCAUCGAUAAGCUGAUCAAGGGCAAGAGCAAAGAUGAUAUACGCAACGAUGCGAACAUCAAGAAUGCAAUUAACGAUCAGACCAAGCAGUGGACCGAUAUGAUUGCACGCCAUCGCAAGGAGGAGUGGGACAUGCUGCGCCAGCAUGUCCAGGACUCGCAGGAUGCCAUGAAGGCGCUCAUGUUAACGGUGCAGGCGGCGCAAAUAAAACAGCUCGAGGAACGUCAUGCCAGAGAUAUCAAGGAACUGAAUGCCAAGCAGGCAAAGACCUCCGCCGAGACCGCCAAGGAAGUCCAAAAUGACAAAACAUUGAAGACCAAAAACGAGAAGGAUCGACGUCUGCGCGAGAAGCGACAGAACAAUGUCAAGCGCUUUAUGGAGGAGAAAAAGCAAAUCGGCGUUAAGCAGGGUCGCGCCAUGGAGAAAUUGAAAUUGGCGCAUGCUAAGCAAGUUGAGGAAUUUAGUACCGACGUGCAAAAGCUUAUGGAUAUGUACAAAAUCGAGGAGGAGGCAUAUAAGACCCAAGGAAAAACGGAAUUUUAUGCUUAAACAACAACGGUAACAACGGUAACAACAACAACAACAGCAAAAAUAUUUAAAGCGAAUCUUUUAAACAAAAAAAAAGAAAAGAAGUUUAGUUCUACGCCUAUUAUUUAGAAAUUGUAAAUCUACGCUGAAGAAAAGAAUUCAAAAACUGUAAUGAAAAGAAAGUCAACACUUUGUGCUUUAUACUUAUUUAAGUCGUUAUAACACGAGGCAUAUAUAACUAUCCAAAAAUAUCUAUAUGCAUAGAUAAUACAUCUAAUUGUUGGAAAAAAAAAAUAUAUAUAUAUAUAUUUCAAAAAACAAAAAGAAUGCAAAAUUUUCUCCAAACACUUGGAAAACCACAUUUAAUUAUUUGCUGUAAAACCGCAAAAAAUACUAAUCAAAUCAUAUUUACUUACCAAGAAAAACAAAAAAAAAACACGAUUAUAUAAAUCUUAAUGGUAAAAAAUAACAAUUUUUUUUUUUGAGAAAAUACCAAACCUGUUGGUAUUUUGGAAAAUACCAAACCUUUUGGUAUUUAUAUAUGAUGCAAAACGGUACACCGAUAAGCUUAGACCAUGCCAUAAGUAUCCAAAAAAAAAAAAAAAAACAACAACAAAUAUAUAUAUAUCCAGUUCUCAAAUACAUGGAUCACGAAAA